GCUGUGCCGGGCCCAGCGCCCUUUCUCGGCCACAGGCGUCCGUGCUCCCGGCCCGGUGCCCCGGCGCCCGAUCGGGGUUCAUGGAGCCGGGGCUGUGGCUUCUCUUCGGGCUCACAGUGACCUCCGCCGCAGGAUUGGUGCCUUGCCCCCAGCCUGGGGACGCUGGCAGGAGCGGCGCGCCCAGGGCCCCCCCUGCAGACAGAUCUGAGGGGGACAUCGAGGAGACUGUGGCCACUACCACAGUGCAGGUUCCAAGUCCCAGAAGCCCUGGGCAGGAGCAGGAACCAGGUUGGUCUGGGGAGCAGGCGUCCAAAGGGGGUCCUGUGCACCACCGUGCGAGGCGCUGUACGUGCUUCACCUACAAGGACAAGGAGUGUGUCUACUAUUGCCACCUGGACAUCAUCUGGAUCAACACUCCUGAACGGACCGUGCCCUAUGGACUGUCCAACUACAGAGGAAGCUUCCGGGGCAGGAGGUCCACAGGGCCGUUCCCGCAGAUCCCACAGCCCUCCAAGUGGACACUGCGCUGCGCCUGUGUGCAGAGCCAGGACAGUGCCUGCUUGCACUUCUGUGCCCGCACCCUGGCUGUCAGCAGGAAUUCAAGGACAACAAAAAAUCCUGACAAAGAGGAAGAACCAGCCAGCGGUGCCCACGGAGGCCUGCGUCCAAGGAGCAGCUGACUCUGGACAGAGGUGAAUCACAGCAGCUGGCCUUCACAGCAAGCCCCACCCCCGUGUCCCCCCAUUGGUUUUAUUAUUUUUUUAAACCUGCUUGUCUUUUUUGUAUGAGAGAUUCUGAGGGUCUCCUGCAGCCAAACCGCGUUUAUUUAUCAUUCUAUCAAUCAGAAAUUGUUAUUAAUGGCUCGCCUACACAUCUACAAUGGGAUGGUAAUUUAUGUCCAUAAUAAUAGCCUGGAGGUGGCUGGGGUUCCUACAGGGACUGAUCAAGGGAAGAUUACACCGUGCUCGGUAUACAGGAGGCUUUCCAAAUUGGUGGCAGUGGCUUCUAGGCGUCCGGAGAGAUCCAUCAGCAUCCAUAAUACAAAUGGAGAGGAGGGGGCAGGCGAGGCGGCAGAGAGAGGCCCCAGGAGAGUGCAAGCCAGGCCCCAGCUGGUCUCUGCCUUGCCUUUUCGGUCUUUUUUUUCCUUUUUCUCUCUUCUCGCCCCAAACCCACACUCCUCUCAGUGAGGGCGGGAUGUGAUUAAAAUCAUCCAUCCUUUGCAUCAUUUAUUCACCUACUCAUGCAUUCAUUCAGCAAAGAUGUGUCGUGCACCUGUGAUGCACUAGGCACUGUUCUAGAAGUCGGGGAUGGCAGGGAGCGAGGCAAAGGGUCUGUCUCUGUGGAACUUAAAUAGUGGGGCAUCGGGCAGCAGACGGAUACUGUCUCCCCCCUUAUCUGCGGGGUGACGUUGCCAGGCCCUCAGUGGACGCCUGGAACCAUGGACACCACCGAGCCUUGGAUGUACUGUGUCUUUCCUCCACGUACACACCCAUGGGAAAGCUUGAUUUAUAAAUUAGGUACAAAAGCGAGUGACAACAGUAACCAACAAUAGGCUAGAAGAAGCAUAACAGUCUACUGUAAUAAAGCUGCGUGACUGUGGUCUCUGUCUCUCUCGAAACACCUUGGUCUGCACUCGCCCUCCUUGGGACGAGGUGACAUGAUCAGAUGCUGCGUGAGGAGGUGAGCGAGCUGAAUAUGUCGGCCUGUGACGCAGCGCGAGGCUGCUAGGGACCUUCUGACACUGUGUCAGAAGCAGGGACAUCUGCCCCGGGCCGUGGCUGACUGCGGGUAACUGAAACCACAGAUACGAGGGGACCACUGUACAUAAAAGAACAGAGUGAGCUGUGUGAAGGAGAGCAGGAAGGCUGGGUCGGGAUAGAAGUGCUGGCGGUGGUUGCAUUUGGGGAUUGGGUGGACAGGGUGGUCUCCCCGAGCUGGUGACGUGGGCUUAGAGACCUGCAGGAAGUCAAGGGGCAAGCCAGGGGAAUGAGGAAGGGGAAGAAAUUUCAGGCAGGGAGAACAGUAAGUGCAAAGGUCCUGUGGUAGGGACGUGCUGGGUAUGUUCAAGGAAGGCAAGAGAGCCCUGCCCGGAGAAAGUACGAGACUGCUUUUGCUGUUGCUGCUGUUACUGUCUGUUGCAGGUGCAGGAGAAGAGGAAGGCAGCACAGGUGUCCCCCUGGGGCCUGGAAAGGUGGUUCUUCCAGGUCUUUACAAUUCAUGUCAAGCUCUUGUAGGAAGCUUUAUUCGGGAAGAAAAGUCUUUUAUAAGACACGGUCCUUACUUUCUUGCAAGACUCAAGUUAGUCAUUUCCAGAUUCACAUUCUCAGAGUGGAAGCUUGCCACCAUCCUGAGCUUGUGAUAAUGGAAGACGUGAGCAGGCUGCAGGGCAGCUCUCAGCCUUGUGGUGUAUUCACACCUCCCUGGGCAGGUGGCAGGCUCUGAAAUUGCCAAGAAGUGCCAGUGAGAAAGUCCAGUUCAAAGCAGGGACUGGGGCUAGAGAGGGAGCGGGGAGAAGUCACCUUUUUCAGCCAGUGAGGACCCCGCUGCACCACAUACCUUUCUCACUCUCACCCCUUUCUCAAGACAGGCUGAAGUCAGGGACAGAAUGAGCAGGCCGGCCUCCAGCCUCAAAUGCUUGCCUGGCAGUGACCCCCCCGCCCCCCGCAUUCUGCCUGCUGCUCUGCUCUGUGAGGAGCCCCUGCCGAAGCAGGCCUGCGGCACCCCGUUUCAGGGACCCUCCGUCCCUGCUCCUUACCACUGCACAUUCCCACCUUUUGGAGGACAAGGAAUGAGUUUUGCCCCGGGGGAGAAAAACCCACCCACAGGGUCCUCACUUAACAAUACAGCCCAACCCCAAGAAUGCCCCCGUCCAAAGGACCGGGAUUCUCUAAUGGGUAAAAUGAUCCCAGAUGUGCCCCAGAGCCUGACGCCCACGGCUCGGGUUUCAUGCAGGAAAUUGUUUUUGGAGCGGUAUGGCACGUUGGAAAGCCACUUGCUGGCCGUCGCCUUCUCCUGGAGAGUAAGUGGGCUCCAAGCUGACUUUGCAAAUGUGGACACGUGUCCCCUUGUACCCGAUGCGGGUGACAGGAGCACGGGACAGUCGUGUUCUGACAUGAGCAGGCACAUGGUGGGAGCUAGGGAGGGCGCUGCGCAUCGAUUAGGGAUGCGGGCCUUCGCUAUAUGGGACUUGAGGACUUCGAAGCUGAUCAGAAAUUUCCAGCUGUGCGUGGUACCCACCAAAAGGGUAUGUCUUCAAAAAGAAAAAAGAAUGAUGUUUGUGACCAGGAAAGGAGUAAAUGAGUAUCUGUGGGCUUUGAACCCCGGCAGGCGGCUGAGAGUCUGUCCUCGAUCCAGGACUGACCUCCUGUGCCCUUUGUGGAGACUCGGGCCGGUCCACCGAGGGCCGUGGUCGCGGAGCACGUCACAGAAGAGGCAGCCGGCGGCAGCUCCGGGCCGU